AGGUUAAACGUCAUCUUGAACACUGAACCUGCUGAUUUUACACGGUAUUAAGUUAUUCAAUCUGGGAACAGAGCAUCAUUUCUGACAUAACAGCCAAAGCCUUGAGGAAGACAAAGAAGAUUAUAGAGGCAAUGAAGUCAUUACCAGCGUUACACUUCAUUUGGACCUUAAUUGUCAAGGAUGUAGUCAUAUGCUCGAAUAUGGUUCCCCUCAAAGUUGUCAAUGAACUGCCGAGUAAUGGAUAUAGCAGUAAUUUAAAUGGACUUGAUCCUAAACCUGAAUCUUCACUUCAGUUGAGGAUGAAACCUGGAAAUUUCUCAGGACCUGAUCACUUGAAGAGCUUACUUGGAAGAUGUUUUAAGCACAGAGACCCAAAGUAUGAGUACAUUUUGUGUCCAUAUCAAAAUAUUACUCAAGAAGACAUUCAGGCAUAUUAUGAACCAUACAGAGGUGUGCUUGGUGUGUGGCUGGACUGGAUUAUAGAAGAUAAUAAAUUUGUGGCUUGGAACAUGAUAGAGGGAAGCCCCUGUGGUACAAAUAGACAUCGUUCAACAAAGGUGGUUCUUCAUUGUGGAGCUUCAUCAGAACUAAAAUCUGUUACUGAACCAGAGAAAUGCAGAGGUGCGCUCAUCUACUCUUGUACUAUAGGUGUUCAUGGUAAUUCUAGCAGCUGCAUGAAUAGCAAAUAG